CCUCUUUAGGGAUUAUGCAAUUCAUGCAAAACCAUAGUAGAAUACCAUACAUGACGCCACAACAUGCCUUGCCACGGGAUCACACGGCAUGCACCGCAAGGCGUGCGUUGCUUGGCUGUGAGCAGACUAAAAUUAGCACUAACUUACCAUUGAUCAUAUCAUAGUCAACUCUAGAGAGUUGUGGCUCAACACACCUGCGCCAUGCCUCGUCCCAGGACUCUCGCUGCUGGAAUCGUGGCUUUUGCGACCCUAAUAUUUCUCUGGACUGCGCUACAUCUUGGGUCACUCGACGCCAUACGUGGAGCCACGGCACAAGAUGCGCUCACGAGCAGUCUUAAAGAGUCACGUCUUCACCUACUCAUAGUGGCUACCAGCAGCGGCCUCGAUUUAUGCCGCCUCCUUCUCUCCGCCUCCAUUCUCUCGUACCCAACCCCUGUUUUGAUCGACUGGGCCGGAGAGGGUGCAUUCAAUGCUGCAGAAACCCACCUUGCGAAGAUCGCAGGUCCUCUUCGCUACCUCGAAAACCUAACAACCAUUCAGGAUAACGACAUAGUCCUUCUCCUGGACGGUUUCGACAUCACCUUUCAACUCAGUCCGGACGUUUUGUUAAAACGGUACUUCGAGGAAACGGCUACUGCAAACGAGCGUUUGAUUGCCAAGUAUGGCAAGAGCCAUAUGCGGAAACACAACAUGCACAACAGCAUCCUCUUUGGUCCGGACAAAACAUGCUUCCCUGAAGAUAUACAGCGUUUAGCAUGCUGGGUUGUACCGCAGUCGCCCCUCCAACCCGAUGCAUUUGGCCCUUAUACCGACGGUUGGGGCGAUAUGCUACACGCAAGACCACGCUGGUUAAACUCUGGCACCAUCAUCGGACCCGCGGCAGAAAUGCGAGAUAUGUUUCGUGCGACUCAAGAGAAGAUCCAUAAGACGUAUGAUCCUGAGUACGUGUUGCGCAACUCUGACCAGAAGUAUUUUGCGGAUGUAUGGGGCGACCAGGAAUAUUCGCGUAUAUUAUCGCAUGAGGAUGUGCCUUAUGGGAUACCUCAAGAGGUCCAAGAAGCUGGUCUACCGGUGCUUGAGGAGGGUCAGAAGACUGAAUAUCAUAUCGGUCUAGAUUACCGAUCAAGCUUAUUCCAGACAGCGGCUGGAUACAGGAAUUAUAUAGCGUGGAUGACGACAAACCGGUCUUCGUUUCCAUCAACAUCAACGUCCGUGGAACCGUACCGCAUAGAUCUACAAGAAGACGUGUUACAAUCCAAGAAGCCUUUUGCUGCCAUUUCUGACGACGCAGCAUUACAAAAGACUUCUUGGCGUAAUGUGUCUCUCGGCUUCAACACUGUCACUGGGCAGGCUUUUCCACUGCUGCACUUCACAGGCGACAAGUCCUUCCGAGACACUUGGUGGCCUCGCAUGUGGUAUUUUGAAGAGGCUGAACGCCUUCAGCGUGCAUCAGCUCAGAUACACGAUCCGCAGAUCGGAUCAGACCUUAUCGAUGGGGUUUCAUGGACAAAGAACAUACCAUACGAUGAGACAGAACGCAAGAUUGAAGAGAAAUCUGGAGCUUGGAGUGAUCAGGGAGAAGCGCUCUCAUGGGAAGCCCUUUGCGGAUCUCACGAGCGUGCUUUGUACAGUGCAGAGUCGGGACCUGAAGAUGUCUCGUUUGCGGAGAUAAUAUACCAUUGAAUUUUCAAGCGACGAGCGUUCUAUUAACU